AUGGAGAAUGAUGGCAUGACAGUUGUUCCUUAUAACUUAUCUAACCUCGAUGUAGUCCUGCGUCAUAACGAUUCCGUCGUCGUCUUAGAUCGCGACUCGCAACAGCUGGUCCUCCGAAACACCGCCGACGAUGAUGAUGCGAAUCUCGAGUUAGCCGAUUGUCCCUACUGCCGUCGCCCAUUGCGGGACGGCAAUGCCGGACAGGGGAGCCACCAUACUACUCCCGGGGCGCAACCCGAAUUCAUCAGUCCCGAGUACUUUCGCAUGCUUCACAAUAGUCUUCCCGCCGCGGACAGGUCGAAUCCUCCGUCUCCCCGUCGACGUUUUGUGCAGCCGGCUCUUGCAGAUGGCUCGUCGGGCGGGAGUAGAGGGGCCCCGACCGCACAAGGGAUCUCAUCCGGGGCUUUCACACAGGACUAUUUCAAGAAGUUUUUUGUAGAGGAGUCGGUUCUGGGGAAGGGUGGGAAAGGCGUGGUUCUGCUGGUGAAGCAUGUGUUGGACGGCGUUUCCCUCGGACAUUACGCGUGCAAGCGGGUGCCUGUCGGAGACGACCAUGAAUGGCUCAGGAAAGUGCUGGAGGAAGUGCAAUUGUUGCAGCACCUGUCUCACCAGAACCUCGUUUCAUACAGGCAUGUCUGGCUUGAGAAUGCCAAGAUCAGCACUUUUGGACCUAGCGUACCGUGUGCGUUCAUUCUGCAGCAGUUCUGUAAUGCUGGAGACUUGCACAACUACAUCUGUGGUUCAGUGCAGACCUCGACGACUGCCCAGCAGAUGAAGGAUCGAUUGAGGAGGCGAUCUAAGGGCGAGCCGGAACCUCAGAGCGACAUCGGCGGGCCUCGCAGACUCAAUUUCGAUGAAAUAUAUUCCUUUUUUCGUGACAUAACGUCUGGUCUCCGACAUCUUCACUUAAACGGUUAUAUCCACCGGGAUCUGAAGCCCAAUAAUUGCUUAUUACACCAGACGCAGGAUGGGAUUCGCGUUCUAGUGAGCGAUUUCGGUGAAGUCCAGUCGCAGGACGCGAUGCGACGAUCGACCGGAGCCACUGGGACAGUGUCAUACUGUGCGCCCGAGGUAUUGCGGCGGGAAUACCAAGGGGGGCCAUUUGGCAACUUCACCUUCAAAUCGGACAUCUUCUCGUUGGGCAUGAUCCUAUACUUUCUAUGUUUUGCGCAGUUGCCAUACACCAACGCCGACAUCAUCAACGAAGAGAAAGAAGAUUUAGAUCGGCUGCGGGACGAGAUCAGCCAGUGGACCGGCUUCGACGAUGCCCGACGGAUGAGACCCGAACUCCCAGAGCAGCUCUACACUUUUCUGGGGCGCUUGCUGUCUGUGGAUCCAGAUCGACGGCCUUCUGCGGAGGAAGUGUUGAAUGGCCUUCAAGCUGGCGCCAACGGCAACGACAGUUUCCGCCAUCGACGGGCCAGCUCUUCAGGCUCAGACGCCCACUCCAGCUCCAGAAUACACCCAGUGGAUGACCCGAGCGCAUCGUCCGUCCAAUGGCCGUCAAGCACGAAGAGACGAUUCUCCCGAAGUCCCGUUGCCGUGCGACGCAACUCUCAGAGUACCCAAGCAGCCGAUCUGACCCCUGUCUUUGAAGACCUCGAAACCGACCAGAGGCGAAUGUCAUUGAGCCCUGAGCGCGACCUAGUAAUCCGACAUAGAUUCUCUAGUACACCCGCACCCAGCGAGUCGCCAAGGGGUCGCGAAGCCCCCGAUGAUGAAAGAGGAACGCCACUACCGCCUCUACCGCCGCUUUUACCCCCGCCUCCGGGACGGUUCUCCUUCUUAAGAUCCCUAUUACCAGGGUCAAUCAGUAACUUCGAAUCAACCCUCUCCUCCCCAAUGAUGCCCUCGCGUUCUUCCUCCUCAAACUCGCCACCGCAUUCCAACCAUGCACUCCCCUCGCCGUCAACCCCUGGGUGUUCUACCCUUUGGUCCUCCUAG